AGCACUGAUAGAGGGGCUAAGCAGAGCUAGCGCCUUGGCAUCCGAAGACACCACCCUAGCAGAAGCCAUGACAGCUAACGAAGCGGAGAGCGCGUCAUACGACUAUGACCUCGCCGUUAUCGGAGGUGGCUCCGGCGGGAUGGCUGUGGCCAAGAAGGCCGCCUCCUACGGAAAAAAGGUUGUCUUGUUCGACUUCGUGAAACCGUCGCCCCAAGGAACGAAGUGGGGGCUCGGGGGUACGUGCGUCAACGUGGGCUGCGUGCCCAAGAAGCUGAUGCACUAUGCCGGCCUUCUCGGGGCCGGCAUGCACGAUGCGAAAGCCUUCGGCUGGAAGGUUGGAAACCCUGAGCACGACUGGGAAGCGAUGGUGGAGACCGUGCAGAACCAUGUCAAGAUGCUCAACUUCCGGUACCGCGUGGGGCUCAAGAGCGCACAGGUAACUUACGUGAACGGUCUGGCGAGGCUGACGGGUCCCCACGAGGUGACGUGUGAGAAGCGAGGGAAGGAGACCAAACACACCGCGGCGAGGGUUAUCAUUGCCGUGGGCGGGAGGCCCGUGAUUCCGGACGACGUGCCCGGAGCCCGUGAGCACGCCUUGACGUCGGACGACCUGUUCUCCCUAAGAACAUCCCCGGGAAAGACCCUUGUUGUUGGAGCGAGCUACAUCGCCCUGGAGUGUGCCGGUUUCAUGCGGGAGCUUGGGCUUGAUGUCACGGUGGCGGUGCGAUCGAUCCUGCUGAGAGGCUUCGACCAGCAGGUGGCCGAAAAGCUGGGUGACGUCAUGAAAGAUCUCGGGGUCAAGUUCGUGCGUCCCGCCGUUCCGUCCAAGAUCGAGAAGACCAGCGACGGCAAGCUGGAGGUGACACUGGUGGACAGCAAGAGCGGGGAGGAAGUGUCGAAGGGCACGUACGACAGCGUGUUUUAUGCCACGGGCAGAAAGGCGGACACGAGUGGCAUCGGCCUGGAAACCGCUGGGGUCAAGGUUAACCCGAACGGGAAGAUUCCGGUAGAAAACGAGCAGACGAACGUGGAGCACAUCUUUGCCAUCGGGGACUGCACGAGCGUGGACGUGAUGUUCCACGAAUCCCACUGGGCCAACCCCGAGUUAACGCCGGUGGCUGUGCAGGCGGGGGAGCUUUUGGCGAGUCGCCUCUACGCGAGGGCCACGGAGCAGAUGGACUACUCCCUCGUCGCUACCGCCGUCUUCACACCGGUGGAGUACGGGUGCUGCGGGCUGAGCGAGGAGGAUGCAAUCCGCCUCUACGGGGAGGAUGACGUAGAGACCUACCUCUUCGGCUUCGGGACCCUGGAGCAGUCGGCUGCCCACCGUGUGAAGCACGUCGAAGGGGAAGAAGAAGACGACAUGCCGGCGACCAACCUGAGCAAGCUGGUUUGCCUCAAGAGCCAGGGCGAGAAGGUGAUCGGAUUCCAUUUUGUGGGGCCUAACGCUGGAGAAAUCACGCAGGGCUUCGGCCUGGCCGUACGGCUGGGGGCCAAGAAGUCCGACUUCAACAAGCUCGUUGGUAUCCAUCCGUCUGACGCGGAGAGUUUCUGCGCGAUGGGCAUCACUCGUUCUUCCGGCGUCAGCUUUGUGGCAGAGGGCGGCUGCGGCGGGGGUGUUUGUGGAUAAGGAGCCUCUAGUGAACGUUGCCGUCUGUGUUGACCAUGGUAUUUGGCGCGGUGGGGCGGUGCUCGGAGCUUUGACGGAAUCGCUGCUGGUGUUUCGUGCUUUUUGUGCGGCGUGUUCUUCUGUUCUCCUGUGUUUUGGGGCGAGCAAGCUAUUGUUCCCUCGCAUCAUAGGAUCUGAUGAUGUUCUGAAGGACUUGUUCUUGGCCACAUUCGCUAAUGCAUCACAGCAGAAUUAGGCAACGAGGCGGCCCUCGGCCUCGCUCCCACUUUUUGGCGUAGGCUGCACUUGUAGGUCGAGUGCAUUCUUCGAAAACGUAUCCACGACCAUGUUACUGUUUGUGGCACAGAUUCGUGUUUUCCGUGAGGGAAUGCUGCCGGCUGGCCUGAGAGAUGCCCUCUGUAUGAUUUCGAUUGGCGAAAUGCAGGGGCAAAUUGCUUGGGCAAAAGUUGCAAAGAUCCGAGAGGCUUCGUCUACGCAAGUCUUGGCAAGUUUGACGGUGGAGAAGUCGCUUGUUGGCGGGCGUGGUCUUGUCAGGAACAACUCGAUCCGACCUGGGACAGGGUGGCGAUUGUCAGUUCAUUUUCUCGAUGCACGUUCGUAUCCCUAGUACUGUACGUGUUGGCGCGCGAAUGAUUGCUCGUGUGAACACAGCUGUUGGGGACUUCUCGCCCAGC